AUUCAUCAGUUACCGAACAAGUCGGGUCUGACAGAGAAUGUCUUUAUUUAAAGCCCGGGAAUGGUGGUCUACAAUAGUGGGCAAUAAAGAAGAAUUUGAUCAAGGAUGUUUAUGUGUUGCAAAUGUUGACAAUAGCAAUAGUGCACAAGAUAAAAUUAUUGUAGGCAGUUAUAUGGGAUUUCUUAGAAUCUAUAAUCCCCACCCUAUAAAACCUGGAGAUGCUGUGCAAGCUGAAGAUAUGCUCUUGGAAGUGCAAUUAUGUGAACCAAUAUUACAAGUGGAAGUAGGAAAAUUUGUUUCUGGCACAGAAUUGCUUCAUCUGGCUGUAUUGCAUUACAAAAAAUUAUGCAUCUAUGCUGUCUCAGGAAGUUUAGGAAAUAUAGAACAUGGCAACCAAUACCAGCUAAAACGUAUGUAUGAACACAAUCUUUAUCGAACAGCAUAUAACAUGACACACGGACCAUUUGGAGGUAUAAAAGGUCAAGAUUUGAUCUGUGUACAGUCUGUGGAUGGAAUGCUGAUGUUGUUUGAACAAGAAAGCUACUCGUUUGGCCGUUUUCUUCCUGGCUUUCUUCUUCCUGGUCCACUGACAUAUAGUUCUAGAACAGAUUCAUUCAUUACUAUCUCUUCCUGUCGACAAGUUGAGAGCUACAGGUAUCAAGUACUUGCAUUAGCAAAAGAUGCUGAAACACAAGAAACUGAGCAACAAAAAAUUGGAUCUGGAAAAAGACUUGUGGUGGACUGGAUUUCAAACAUUGGGGAACAAGCCUUGGACAUAUGUGUUGUUUCAUUUAAUCAGCUUAUUUCCUGUAUAUUUGUUCUUGGGGAGAGAAAUUUUUUUUGCCUUAAGGAUAAUGGACAAAUUCGGUUCAUUAAAAAGCUUGACCACAGCCCAAGUUGCUUUCUUCCAUACUCAGUGUCUGGGACUGCCAUAAACACACUGAUUGGAAAUCACAACAGCAUCUUACAUAUUUAUCAAGACAUGACUCUAAAAUGGGCAACUCAGCUUCCUCAUAUUCCUGUGGCAGUACGACUGGGGAAAUUACUAAAUUUGAAAGGUGUGAUUGUUACACUGAGUGAUAGUGGCUAUCUACAAUGUUCUUACCUUGGUACUGAUCCUUCUUUAUUUCAAGCUCCUAAAGUUGAAGCUAGGAAUAUUAAUUAUGCAGAAUAUGAUGCAGAAAUGAAUAAACUCCAGAAAAUUAUUAAAGAAGCCAGGAAAAUUAAAGAUAUCUUGCCUAAGUCUGAAAAAAGUGAAGAUUUUGCACUUGGUGUGACAGUCUUGCCUGAUCUGGAUUCAGUUUCUCAAGCUAUUGACAGUGAAAUUAAAGCAGAGGUGAUUCCUUCUGUGAUGAUAAAGAUUGAAGUUGAAAGCAGACUACCAACACUUACAAAAUUAACAGUAUGUGUCCCAUGUCCUUUAGCAUUGACCCAAAACUCCUUCAUUUUAGAAUUAGAAUCUUCUGUAUCUAAAAGAGUUGUACUUUCUGCUUUUCUAAAAGGGAACUAUCUACCAGCAGAUUUGGAAGGUAGUGUUAUAGCAUCAUACAAUACUGCAACAGGUGCACCAAGGGUUGUCGAAUGCAAAUUCCGAUUACCUUUGCGGCUCGUUUGUUUUCCUGCUCAGCCUUCAAAAACAGCAAACCAGAAGUUAACUAUUGAUACCAACAAACCUACAGUCAGCCUUAUUACUCUUUUUUCAGACUUUGCUGAUCAAAUUGAUGAAGAUCAACUUAAUGUGUUAGGAUUUCAAUUAUUAGCUGGCUCCAGAGUCACUUUACUUGCUUCGAAAACAUCUCAGCGUUACAGAAUCCAAAGUGAACAAUUAGAAGAUAUUUGGCUAAUUACAAAAGAACUCACUCUUCGUCUUGAACAACAUUUCAGGAGGCAAAAUUACAAAGAUUUUGUCUGUACUUUUUCUGGUCCAAUCCCUUUACAAGACUAUUUUGACAUAAUUGAUCACCAUUUUGAGCUUCGUUUGAAUGCUGUGAAGUAUGAGCAACUAUUAGCUGAAAGAGCCAUACAGUUUAGAGCUAUUGAACGGCGUUUACUGACAAGGUUUAAAGAUAAAACUCCAGCUCCACUUCAACAUCUGGACACCUUGUUAGAAGGAACAUACAGACAGGUCAGUAUCAUUGGCUUAUAA